CCGGAACCAUAAAACUCAGUCUUUGUGCCUCGGGGGCGUGUGAGGUCGGUGCUCGUGCAAAUUGUUAGAUAAAAUAAAAGAAUCACUGAGUAUUACGAAAAUUAAUAUUAAUAAUUUAAUAAAGCACAGCACAACCGGACGAUCUUAACAGCGGUGUGAAAAGGUGGUCUUAAAGAAGAUGUGUAAGUAAUGCACUUGGAGACCCAGGGGACGCCAUGUCAGAAGAGGCGAUCUCAGGAAGCGACCUGGAGCCCAGCCUUAACAGCGAGGAGGAGAUGGAUGAGGAAGAGGAUGGAGACAACGAUGGGGACGAUGAGGAAGAUGCAGGCGCAGACCAGCUUGAGAGCAUGGAGACAGGAGAUCAAAGAGAUCCAGAUAGCCCCGCACCUACCUCACCUUCUAGAGAAUCCACCCCUGACCCCUCUUCCCGUCCCGCCUCCCGGUCGAACUCCCAACCUUCCUCCCCGUCACAAGCGUCAUCGCAGCCGGGUUCUCAACCCCCUUCCAGCCCCGACAGCCGCAGCAACACUUCUGCCAAUAGCAACACGAAGAAGAAGAAGUCCAAAACCUCAAAGCCUGCUCACUUGAGGAGGAACAUCCGGAAGCUCCUUAAGGAGCACCAGCUUGAGGCGGGAACCAAAGCCGCCCAGCAGGAGGAGCUCGAGAGACGGCGCCGUUUGGAGCAGCAGCGCAAAGAAUUUUCUCUUCAUGCAGAUCUACCCUCUGGAGCACCAGGACCUAAACAAGAAGUGAUAUGUCUGGACAGCAGUGGAGAUGAGGGUGAGGACAAAGAAGUCCCGCCCCCUCAGUCACCUACUUGCAGAGAUGAUGUGAUUGAGUUGAGCUCUGGGGACGAAGACACUCUGCGGAUAAGCAGCGAGGAUGACGAAAAACGUUCGGUCACACCCGGCACGGAGGAAAGUAGCGGGUCUCAUGCAAACGAUGCCUUCAAUCAACCAGACGCCCAGGGGAGGGUGCUAGUCAAUAUCAAUCACCCUGGAGACGAGGAAGACCUGUUCCUCGCCCCACAGCUCGCCCGCGCAGUCAAACCUCACCAGAUUGGCGGUAUUCGUUUCCUGUACGAUAAUCUUGUGGAAUCUCUCGAGCGCUACAAGAACAGCAAUGGGUUCGGUUGUAUUCUUGCACACAGCAUGGGCCUCGGCAAAACCCUGCAGGUUAUCUCCUUUAUUGACAUCCUGCUGCGGCACACUGGAGCCAAAACUGUCCUCGCCAUUGUACCUGUGAAUACACUACAGAACUGGUUAGCCGAGUUUAAUCUCUGGCUGCCUGCUGCUGAGUCCCUUCCCCCCGACACAGAUCCGUCCCGGGUCUCACCUCGAACCUUCAAAGUUCACAUCCUCAGUGAUGAGCACAAAACUACGGUGGCUCGGGCAAAGGUGGUGGAGGAGUGGACCCGCAACGGUGGCGUGCUGCUAAUGGGAUACGAGAUGUACCGCCUGCUGUCUCUUAAAAAGAGCUUUGUGACUGGCCGCAAAAGGAAGUCCAAAAAACCAGCGGGACCAGUUAUAAUCGACCUGGAUGAGGAGGACAGACAGCAAGAACUCAUGAAAGGAAUCGAAAGAGCGCUGGCUCGGCCCGGUCCGGAUGUCGUUAUAUGCGACGAGGGCCACCGCAUCAAAAACUGCCACGCCAGCACGUCCCAAGCCUUGAAAAACAUCCGGUCACGGCGGCGUGUGGUUUUGACCGGAUACCCGCUGCAAAACAACCUGAUCGAGUACUGGUGCAUGGUGGAUUUCGUCCGACCCGAUUUCCUCGGUACGCGGCAGGAGUUUAGUAACAUGUUCGAGAGGCCCAUACUGAACGGGCAGUGUAUAGACAGCACACCGCAAGACGUGCGCCUCAUGAGAUACAGAAGUCACGUGUUGCACAGCCUGCUGGAGGGCUUCGUCCAGAGGCGAGGUCAUGAUGUCCUCCGGACGCAGCUGCCUUCGAAAGACGAGCACGUGAUUCUGGUACGACUGUCUCGGCUGCAGCGUGCGCUCUACACUGAGUUUAUGAAUCGCUUCAGAGAAGCAGGAAAUAGCGGCUGGCUUGGACUCAAUCCACUCAAAGCUUUCUGUGUCUGCUGCAAGAUUUGGAAUCAUCCGGACGUUCUGUACGAGGCUCUUCAGAAAGAAAACCUGACCAAUGAGCAGGAUUUGGACCUGGAUGAUCUCAACUCCACCGGUGGGACCCGAUGUUCUGCUCCUGGAAUGAAGGGAAAGACAUCCGACCCCGCCAAUAGCAAGGUGGCACUGGCUGCUAUGGGCCUGAACCCUUUACAGGAGAAGGCCAAUCAAGUUAUUACUUACGAAUGGGCAAAAGACAUCAUGAGCAACUAUCAGACGGGGGUUCUAGACAACUCGGCCAAGAUGGUUCUGCUUUUCCACUUGAUUGAUGAGAGCGUAAGCAGAGGAGAUAAAAUCCUAGUUUUCAGUCAGAGUUUAUCCACGCUCACGGUUAUAGAAGACUUUCUUUCUCGCCGACCCAUGCCAAUCCAAACAGAAACCGGUACACACAACUGGGUCAAAAACAUCAAUUACUACAGGCUGGAUGGAAGCACGUCUGCUUCGGAAAGAGAGAGACUCAUCAAUCAGUUUAAUGACCCUGCAAAUAACCAAACCUGGGUCUUCCUGCUGUCCACCAGGGCUGGCUGUUUGGGUGUGAAUCUGAUUGGAGCGAAUCGCGUCGUGGUUUUCGAUGCCUCGUGGAACCCGUGUCACGACGCGCAGGCCGUGUGUCGCGUGUACCGGUACGGUCAACGCAAACCCUGUCACAUCUACAGGCUGGUCUGCGACUUCACACUGGAGAAGAAGAUUUACGACCGACAGGUGUCCAAACAGGGCAUGUCCGAUCGAGUCGUGGAUGAUUUGAACCCUGUUCUUACCUUCACGCGUAAGGAGGUGGAGUCUCUUUUGCACUUUGUGGAGGAGGAGCCUGAUCACAGCCAAUCGAAACUGAUAGGAAACGAGGAAAUGGAAGUUGUCAUUAAACAAGCGUAUCUGCGUUACCCAAACCUUUUAACCAAGCCUCCGUUUCAUCACGAGUCACUGCUGAUGGAUCGCAAAGACUUGAAACUGACCAAAGCGGAAAAAAGAGCAGCCAAGAAAAGUUACGAAGAUGAGAAACGGGCCUCUGUGCCGUAUCAGCGACCCUCUUACGCACAUUAUUACCCAGCCAGCGACCAGAGCCUCACCAACAUCCCUGCCUUCAGCCAGAGAAACUGGCGCCCACCUCCUCAUUUAGAUGACAAGCCCGUUGCGAGCGUGAGGCCGGUUCAGUCCACACCCAUUCCCAUGAUGCCGCGGCAGGUGCCCAUGGGCGUCCCCAGUUCAAGUGCGGGAUUUCCUGUCAACUACUUGCAAAAAGCCGGCGUUUAUGUACAACGAGUCGUCACCACCACUGAUAUUGUCAUCCCGGGGUCAAACAGCAGCACAGAUGUCCAGGCCCGGAUUGGUGCAGGAGAAAGUAUUCAUGUGAUCAGAGGAUCCAAAGGCACGUACAUCAGGACCAACGAUGGAAGGAUAUUUGCUAUUCGCACCGGAAAGCCAAGACCGUCUGACGGAGGAGCCACAGCUUCAAGAGAGGCCUCCGGCACUCCCUCGCACCCUGUCAGCAACGGCCGUGCAACCCCUCAAGAGCAAAAACGUUUAUCUCCCGAACCUCCGGCUCACCCCUCCCCAUCAGGCAGCCCUCAAUUGCUCCGAGAAUUCCACAACAAGGAAAGCGCUUCCGCUGGAGACACUUCAGCACAACCCGAAACCCCAGGCACGGACGCACCGACGCAACACAGCCGCGUCCCCGAACUGCACCGGCAACUCACCAACGACGUCAUCCCAUCCUCCCUGGACCUUCAAAGUUUAAAGCGGAAGCUUUCAGAAAGUCGAGCGUCCAAACAGUCCAGCGGCAAACGGCUCUCCGCGCCCAUCGGCGCAGCCGGAAGCUACCCUGGAUUUCCCCUAAGCAGCAGCUUUGGAUUUCCGCCCAUGGGACUUAAUCCCUCCCUAUUAGGCGCCCUGGGUCACCUGACCCCACCCACGCUCGGAAGCAGAUCGCAUCUGCUGCAGCAAGCCGGUCAGACGCUAGGAGAGCUACACACCAUGUUCCCCACGGACACGCUCGGACUCGGGGUGGGCAACAGUUCGCUUUCGUCGACUUGCUCUACCAACACCACCUCCACAACCCACGCCGGUAUUCUGGCCUCUUCUUCAUCCUCCGCGCCAUCAUCGUCAUCAACCUCUUCCUCUUCUCUCCCUCCAUAUCUGAUGAAUCCCGGGAUGGCAAGCAUGCUGUCCGGUUUCCCAGUACCGUUUUCCCAGUCUCUCUAUUCAGGCUCCUUACACCAGAGGGGCUUGUCGUCCACGGCCACCCCUGCUUCUACCGCCUCGACCUUCCUCUCGUCCUCCGGCCUGCUGGGGCCAGCGUUCAACAGCAGGCCCGACGCGCACACCUCCCUCGCGGAAAACGGAGGAAGCAGCUCGGAUGAUGAUGUCAUAGAGGUGAUGGGUCAGUAGGGACGAAGGAAUCCGAAGGUGAAAUUAUACAAAUCCAAAUGCUGAAUAUGCAUGGAGUUAAAAAAUAAAAGGUGAUUAUAUUUUUCUUUACAGUAAGGGACCAGAGCACAGGGCUCACGAGCUCAUUGUAUCUCUCGAUACGGACCUUAUCGAGAGAAAUGACUUAAUACUAAUGUGAUUGACUGUUCAAUCAACUUUCGAGAUACUUAGGACCCUGUAGCAUCACCUGGAAUGAUAAAAGAAAACAUAUGUGACCUUUUUUUAUUAUAAUUGUAAGUACUACUAUUGCUUUUUGUAAACGGUGGUCCUACGUGGAUAUCGUCUUGAACGUUGAAUUCGCAGACCGGGCAGCGUGGGAAUUCGUAACAGACGAAUCGUUAAACGAAAGAAGCCAUGCCUAGCGUUCAACACCACCAAGACCUUUUUCUUUCCUUUUGAAAAAAAAAACAAAACAAAACCUUAAACUCGAAUGUACUCUCAUGUUAGCCUUUAAAGUCGGGUGGAGGGAUGUAAGUUUAGUGCGUUUAGUUCGAUAUUAGCCUUAAAGCAGACAAAUGGAUCUGUGUUCUCGUUCAGUUGCGUAGCAAGAAAAAGUCAUCCGCCGUUUCGCAUCGGGAUCAUCUUACGAAUGUCGUAGACUGUUAUGCGUCCCUACUAGCUGUUGUUUUUCAAAGUCGCGCUUCGGCUAGUUUCGCCCAGUUAGUCGGCAGUUUCAUCCGUGUUGGGGCUAUGAAUCAUCGACCAAAGUGUUUGUUCGGCAGACUAUAAAUGUGUAAAGCAUUCAUGUAAUGGUUGACCUGUGACUGAUAAAUCCCUCAGCCAAUAACACUGUUCAUUCUCUGUGCCUAUUAGAGCUCUUUAUUUUGACUCCUCCCACAAUCUGCGUCAUGAUUUUUGAGUCUGCAAACGCUGUUCUAUAAAUUCUCUGAUGUGCAUUUGAUAUUUUGUUUUGUAUCAUCUUAUGACGUGUAUUAGUUUAUUCUUUUUUUUGACUUUAUGUACAAAAUUAUUAGAAGUAUUUAUUUAUAAUGCUGAAGAGUAAUUUCAUUUUCGUUCUUUUUUAUUUUUAUACAUUUUUUUAAGAUAAAACGGUCCCUCGGUCAGAGAGGUGAGGGGUUUUCCCCUCAUAUGUUAAGUGUUAGAUGAUUGGUUAUCUUCGAGCGAUUCGGCAGUCGGGACCCACAAACGUGAAAUCACAUUUAAACGCUGUUCCAGGAGAUGCGCACGCGUCAUCUCGUGUUCCCAGCAUGGGGAGGAGUAGGUUAAAAUGACGUUGUAUUUAUUAAAUAUUGUUUUAACAUAAAUAAACUUGACUCCUCCUGUAUUGAGAA